CAGGAUGAUUGGGGUUAUCGUUUCUGGAAUUGGCAUUGCUGGAUCAGUCCGUAUCAGGGACCUUCUAAGUCCCCAACAUGCCAGCCCAUCUGAGAAGUUAAACCUUGUGGGCUUUGUAUCUAGAAGGGAUUUGAAGGAAGUACAACAAGUAAAACAGAUGACACUAGAGGACGCUUUGAAGGGUGAAGAAGUACAUACUGCCAUUAUCUGUACAGAGAAUGUAGCCCAUGAAGAGUCUGUCAGAAAAUUUCUGGAGGCUGGGAAGCAUGUAUGUGUUGAGUACCCAAUGACUUUGUCUGCAGCAUCAGCUCAUGAACUUUAUAACAUUGCUGAUCAAAAAGGUAUAGUCCUGCACAUUGAGCACAUUGAACUCCUGACUGAGGACUACAAACAGCUAAAACAAGAUGUUCAUGGAAAAAAACUUAUUGAGGGCUUACUGCAUUUCACAGGUGGACCGUUGGAUAAACAUAAGUUUGGAUUCCUUUCCUUUAAUGGUAUUGCUCGUCUGACCUGGCUUGUGGACUUAUUCGGGGAGUUGUCCUUCACUUCAGCUUCUUUUGAAGAGAACACAGAUGACAGCUACUCCAGACUGACAGCACAUUUUACCACUAAUGACAACAGGCCACUUACCUGGAUAGAAGAAAGAGCACCUGGACUGAAACGUGCAAAGCAGAUUAACUUCCAAUUUGAGUCGUGUACCAUUGAUCACCUUCCCAGAGUACCAGGAGCACCUGUAGGCCUGUUCAUGCAAGACCUCAACCUGUUUGCUGAGAAGCUGUUAGGGUGGGUUUCCACUAAACAGCUGGCUGCUGAGAAGAGACGAAUUUUGCACUGCCUGAGUCUAGCAGAUCAGAUAAGGGAAUUCUGCAAGCAGUGAGGAGCUGGAAGGCAGCACAUGCUGAAUAAUGCCAUAAGCAAAAAGGAAAGGAAAGUGUGAACUCUGUAGGUUUGGUUUGUUGUUUUUGAACAAAGUGAUGUUAAUAUUUUCUAAAAUAUGAUAAUAUAUAAUUACCAAGUUAAUGUUUUAGUAGGGAACUGUGUUAUGUCACUGCAAGAUGAUCCACCAGCAUCUUCAUUUCAAAAUUGUAAGACAACAACAACAACAUAGCUCAAAACAUCUCCAUUCAGACAAUGGUAUAUUUUAUACAGUGGUUAUACUAUGAGGCAGUGCAGUGGUGCAGCAGUUUGCGUUGUUGCAUCACAGCAAGAGGUUCUCUGGUUUGAUUCUCAGCUGGGGUGCCUUCUGUGCAGAGU